AUGGGAAUUUUCUGUGCUGUUUCUACAAUCGAAGAUAUCAAGAAAGAUGAGUAUUCCUGGGAUGAGUUUUUGCUCUUGGCUAAAUCGGGAACGCAGUCAGCAGUACGAAACUUUUUGCCUCAUCUUUUGCGAAGUUUGGGUGCAGCGAACGUCACCUACCAAUGUGAAAGAUAUAUGGUGACCUAUGUCCUGGCUCUAUCUAAGUGGAAGACUUGGGCUGUUAAAAUGGCUGACGCUAGCGGCAAAUUUCCAAGUGGUAUUUUGGAAGGCACAGUCAUGGACUUCGGAGCAUUUGAUCAAUGCCUACGCAUCCGGGUCAAUGACUCGCAAGGACAAGAAUCCUUCCGAGGACAAUAUUGUAUGGUUGGAUAUCAGUCUCCUUUACUGUAUCCGGUAAACGAAAAGACUGCACAAGGAAGCAGUUAUUUAGAUGCCCAUGGAACUCCCCCUGAAUGGGCAAACGAAGUGCUGGAAAAAGGUGCUGGAUACUUAAAACGAGUAGCAUUUUGGUUUGGUACUUGCAUUCCUUCUACUUGCUCUGAGGAGGAUGUGCAAAAGAUAUGCCAAGUGGUUUCUAAACCUUUAGGUUUCAAGGUAACAACAAAUGGUUGCCAAGUUGAAGAACCUUUCGAAUGGCCAUCAUACGCUUUAGGAGCUGUAUGCUUUUUGGGUGUCAUCGUUGGAAUAUGCAUCUUGGGUACUCUCUUGGAUUUGAUGCAGCGUUGGUUUGGAGACGGGAGUUCAACUUCAGAAGAUGAAUACGUUCUGCUGCGGGUGACAAAAGCUUUCUCCGUGCUUUCCAAUACAGAGAAACUGUUCGGUCAAUCUUCUGGUGGCUGCCUGUCCUGCUUCAGUGGCAUUCGCUUCCUGUCAGCUACAUGGAUCAUACUCGGGCAUCAUUAUUUCUAUACUGAUACGUGGAAGUACUUAAAAUAUCGUCACCUUUUAGGCGUUCAAGAAUACUUCAACCAUAAGCUUCCAGCAGCAGUUAUCGACAAUUUUACCGUUCCGGUUGGUUCCUUUUUCUUCAUGAGUGGCUUUCUCUUGGUUUACACAACCUGGAAGAAAUUAGAGAAGAGUGAUGGGAAAAUGAACCUUUUUAUCUUCUUCAUUCAUAAAUACUGGAGGAUGACCCCCGCCUUAGGACUGACGUUAGCUCUCUUCAUGGCUAUGCCCUUGAUCGAUUCUGGUCCCAUCUGGAAGUCGACUAUCGAACCUCCUCUAAAAGUCUGCAGAGAAUUUUGGUGGGGCAAUAUCCUCUACAUCAACAACUGGUGGAAUACAGAUGAGUUUUGCCUCUUGCAUUCCUGGUAUCUAGCUGCGCUCAUGCAGUUCCAUAUGGUCGGAAUAGUUUUACUGAUACUGUUCUAUAGGUGGCCUGUGGUUGGUAUUGUCUCAGGACUGUUAAUUGUUGCUGGCUGCUGUGCAGUUACCGCAAUGCUAACAGUCUGGUACGAUUUUCCUAUGCCAGCACCAGGGAUCAUUAGAGAUAUGGAUGUAAUAGAGAACUACUUCUCCCGUAUUUACGUCAAGCCUUUCGCACAUAUCGCCACUUAUGUCAUAGGAAUGGUGUUCGCAUUCGUUUUCAUGAGAAACAGGAAUAAGAAAUUAAGUACGAAGUACCAAAUACUUGGUUGGACACUGGCAACUGCGUCGGCAAUGACAUCUGUAUAUGGAGUUUAUGGCACUGCAGAAGAUCCAGCUUUAAGAGCAUUUUACAUCGUUGGCCAUCGCUUUGGUUGGGCUCUUGGAGUAGGAUGGCUUGUUUACGCGUGUGCUAGUGGCUGUGGUGGUAUGGUAAACCGUUUUCUUUCCUGGAAUGCAUUCUAUCCUUUGGGACAGCUGAGUUACCUCACGUAUUUGAUACACCCUCUGGUGAUAAUCUACAGAAGUGCAUCCCUCAGAGAGAGAGUUUACUACGGACAUAGUGACAUGGUCUUUUCAUAUCUUUCCACUGUGGUGGUCUCCCUCUUCUUGGCCUUCGUCGGGUACAUAGCAGUUGAGACGCCAUUCAUCAUUUUGGAAGGAAUCGUCUUCAAGACCCGUUCACGUUCGUCAAUGAAGGUGACGAAAAAAGUAGAAGACGAAAAGGAGGAUGAUCGUAUCAUCGCAACUCGCAGUAUCAAAACCAUCAGUGCCUAAACUUUCUGCAACGCGAAAUUCCUGUUAAAAUAAUCUCCUAAGUACAAAGAAGGCAUUUCAUUUUUGUUCUUUUCAUAGUUUAUCACGUGUAAACAUUACUGCUUCUAAGUCUUCCACGAAUUAGACUAGCUGGACUAGCUUUACAUGACUUCAAAAUGAGUAUCUGUAAGUCAAUUUAAACUGGACUUGUUAAUUUUUCCCAUUCUUCGUACAUUAAUAGUUUUUCUUCAUUGUUGCUUUUUAAGUUUUUUUUUUCUUCCUUAAAUUGUUACUACUAAAGAAACUAUCGUUAUGUUCUAUUAGCUUUAAAAUAUUACGGAUAGUUGAAUCACUUCUGCUGACGCUGAAUGGCAUUGAGCUAUAAUAUUUUUGCAUUGCAAUUUGGUUAUUUUUCAAAAAAAAAAGUAUCGCCUUAUCAGUUUUUGUUGAGAAAUUAAGGAUACUUCAUUUUACUGCGAAAUCGACAUAAAUGAACUAUUAUUUUUUAUACAUUAUUUGUUCUACAAUUCUGAAGAAAAUAUUUUUUAUUCUGCUUCAGAAUAUUUUGAUCCCCCCCCCCCCCCAUUGUAUAAAGCGUCAAUUUUGGAUGGUUAUUUUAUCGCUAUUCUUGACAAAAAUAUAGCACUAAUUGUGAAAUGGUAUGCAUACUUAAAUUAGCAAAACAUUUAAAUUGGUACACGUGAUACACGAUAAUGUUGCCGAAUUAGAACAAAUUUAGUAUAACUGAGAACAUGUCCAUUUCUUUAGAUAUUAAUGUCUUAAUACUCAUUGUUAAAUUAAGAAAAAACUAUUACGUUUGAUAAAGCAUAUGAAUCCUUUUACAGCUCAUUCCAUCUUUUGUUAUUCUUUUUCUGGUUAGAAAUGACAAAAUUUCUCAUUUAAAUGGUUACUUUUUUAUGCAAAGUUUGACUACUUGUUUAAAUUUCACUUUAAAAAGUACUUGUUACGUUUGUUACUUUUAUCUUGGCUGACACGUUUUCUCAUUGGCAUGACCCUUCUCAGAGUUGGGUUUGUCGGAAAACAUCUGCACCUCUUUUGUUUAAGCGUGACAUGGAAAUUGUUUAUUCUCUAGUCAUAUGUAGGUAAGAAGCAGUUCUGUUGUGAAAAAUAAAAUUCAUU